AUGGAUGUGUUCAUUGCGAACCUCGAUUCCAAGGUUACGAGAGACAAGUUGAAAGAUUCCUUGACUCCAAUUCUCUCCGAAUUUCAGAUUCAUGUCUUCCAUGUUCAAAAAAAAGUCGGCAAGACGUUUGCGACACUCACAAUUGCAGAUUCCUCAAAAGCCCAAAGUCUCCUCUCCAGAGCUCGCGCCUCCCCAGCUCUCCUCUCCUCUCCGUCCGGACGACAUGCAGUGUUUGACAUAAGUAGAAGACCAGUGGAUCCUCAUUGGUUGCGUGUGCUGCGGAAAGAAGAGAAGGACCGACUGAACAUCCAAGCAUGGCAGAAGUCUUCGAAGCUGGCCGCAGAGAUCCAAGCCCUUGAACGGGAGGCGGGGCUGAAAAUCACAAAACUACAGUGUGGACGUUGGGAGACGAUAACAGGAAGCACCGUAUUCGUGCCCUACUUCGAACUUUGGGCAGAAGGCAGCCUUAGAAGAGACGGACGAGCACUGGUGAUACAGGCCAACACGACUUCUUCCAAACGCCAUGAUCUCGUAAUAGAUCUGUCCUGCAUACUCGCUUUCGCCCUAAGACGCACCAAGACCCCUAGUACUUUAAUAAUCACUCUGGCUGCUGCACCAAGAAUCUACGAGAAUGAGGUGCCUGCGACACCUGCGACCCAUUCUGCAUUGGCCGAGAUGGUGGCCGCUUUACAUCUAGGCUCGCAGCCAGUUAGGAGAUUUCGUGAGUGCAGACUACCAGGGUUGGAGUCUGCCGUUGUUGGCAGUUGCUUGACAUACAGCAUGACCGUGUCGGUAGAUGGCUUCAAGCUGGAGCACCGCAUAAAGGCAUUGACCCAUCACCGAUUUCCUAUCACGAUAUUGCCGGAUCACCUGGAUGACCUUCUCCCUCCGCAACCGGUCAAGUUUGCGUCACGGUUGUCCGGGCUGGCAGCACAUAUCGCGAAUAAGAAAUGUUCCUUUGCAUGGAGAUUCCAAUUACAUGCAUUAUGGGCCAAUGGCAUUCUGUCUCCAGCAGAAGUCCAGUAUCUCAUGCCAGCCAUGAUGGAUCUGCUUGCCCGGUCAGGCGAACAGACACUCAUUGCGGUCUUGCGGCAGCUCAGCGUGCAGCUGUCUCAUACCGACGCUAGCACCGAUGCCCGGAAGGGUGGUGUGAGGGAUGCCUGGAACACCCUUACACGAGAAGCAAGCCUUUUAUUCGGAUAUGAUGAUAUGCAAACUUCGGAACGAGAUGAGGUCUCCGUUCACCGUGUCACAGUCACUCCUGCUGGCAUCUAUCUCUAUGGUCCAGAAUUCAUUUCGUCGAACAGAGUCCUGCGACAGUAUCGUGCACAUUCUGAUUGUUUUCUGCGAGUCCUUUUCUCCGAGGAAGAUGAAACGCGGAUAGAGUUCGAUAAGGACACUUCUAACGAGCGGGUCUUUCGGGGUCGUUUCCUGUCAAUUCUGCGUAACGGCUUAGAUAUUGCCGGUGAACACUUCGACUUCCUCGGGUUCUCGCAUUCAUCCUUGAGGUCACAAACAUGUUGGUUCAUGCGACCGUUUGUUCACGAUGGUUCAUUAUUGUUUGCCAAAGACCUCAUCAGCAAACUCGGUGACUUCAGCGUGAUCAGAUGUCCUGCCAAGUGCGCAGCGCGGAUUGGUCAAGCCUUCUCUGAAACUACAUACGCCGUACGGGUAGAGCCGAGCAUUGUCCAAGUGGACCCUGAUGUCAAGGUCGGACGUUACCUGUUUACUGACGGCUGUGGUACAAUUUCGAAGUCAGUGUGGAAACGUCUCCGAGGCCAUGUGCGCUCCCAGGACCAGCCUACCUCCUACCAGAUUCGCUAUAAAGGAGCCAAGGGGAUGCUUACGGUCGAUACACGCCUCCAAGGAGAUCAAAUUCGACUACGAGAAUCAAUGGUAAAGUUCUAUGGUAGCCCUUCUGACGAGGUCGAAAUCUGUAAUACAAAUGCUCGACCACUCCCUUUCAAGCUAAACCGCCAAAUUAUCAAAAUCCUUGAGGACCUUGGGGUUCCUGCCUCGGCAUUCGAAAGACUGCAAGAACAGGCCAUACAGCGACUACGUCUCAGUGCAUCCUCAAGAUCCGUUGCUCUCAACUUCAUCAGCGAACGCCUGUCAGAUAGUAGCAGCGGCUUACCCAGACUUCUUAAGUAUCUCGGGUACAUUGGGAUUGACGCCACAGAGGACGACUUUCUACGGGAAAUACUUGGAGCGCUAAUCCAGAUUCAACUCCGCGAUAUCAAGUAUCGAAGUCGCAUUCUAGUCCCGGAGGCGCUCACGCUCUACGGGAUCAGUGAUGAGACUGGUUGGCUGAAGGAAGGUGAGGUCUUCGUCACUUUCCUUGCGGAGGACUCUGGGACCCAUUCCUGCCUGAGCGGGCGUGUGGCUGUUACCCGGUCUCCUGCUCUGCAUCCCGGCGAUGUGCAGGUUGUGCAAGCUGUAGCACCGCCUCAGAGCUCCGCUCUCUGGAAUCUUCGUAACUGCAUCGCCUUCAGCCAGCAGGGUUCUCGUGACCUGCCCAGCAUGCUGAGCGGCGGCGACCUGGAUGGCGAUCUCUACAACGUCAUCUAUGACGAUGAGCUAUUGCCAAAGAAGACUGUAGCUCCUGCGGCAUAUCUGCCUGCACAGCCCACUGAUAUCGGUCGUCCGGUCACUGCAGAUGAUAUAGCGGGCUUCUUCGUGGACUUCAUGCAAAAUGACCAACUUGGCAGGAUUGCUAUUCUACACCAGGUUUUCGCGGACCUUGGCAGCACCUUUUCAUCCAAUUGUCUCCUCCUUGCAGAGUUACACUCAAAUGCAGUGGACUUUUCAAAAAGUGGCAUUCCUGUUGACCCCAAGAAGAUCCCAAAGGCUCCCGCUUACAGACCUGACUUUAUGGCUCCAAGUGCGAGUACCAAGGUUGAGAAAGGUAUCAAAAGACCUGAUGUGGAUGUUUUCCCCAGCAGCGCUCGUCAUUAUUACUACUAUGAGUCCGAUCAAAUCCUGGGUUGUCUUUAUCGGGCUGUGAAUGAGGAUACAUUUUUCCAGGAUCUCGAGGAUGAUACUUCAUCGCUAUUCAGCAAGGCACCUACUAAUGACGUGUUAAAAGACAUCCGCGAUUGGGUGGUGAUUUACGUUGGGUACUCGCGCAUCCAAGCUUUUCAUACAAUAGCGAGAGAAUUCAGAGAUUACUACGAGUCAAAUAUGCUGGAGAUAAUGUCUCGAUAUGCAGUCCGCCGGACCGACCAACUCACCGAGAAAGAAGUGUUCAUCGGCACGAUAAUGGGUCGCUCCGGCGCAGGAAGCAAACUUCAACGAGAACAAUCGGACUACAUGAAGACUCAGUUCAAUCGCGAACUCCGAGAAAUCAAAUCACGGAUGGAAUAUCAGGCAACCGGUGACGAUGAUGAUGACUUUGUUGGCCUCGCUGCUGCCUGUCUAGAUGUAGCUGUGAGCGAGCCUAGCAGGUUUACUGUGAGGUUGAGGAGCUUUGGGUGGUUUGCCGCAGGCUUAUGUGUCCCAGAGAUCGUGAAGGAGAAGGAUGGAAGCAUCUUUAGUGCAUGA